AUGAUACGAAGGAAUUCAGAUUUCGCAGUCUUGAUCCUCAGUUCUCUCCCAUAUUCGAUUCAACCACCUAUGCCUUACCGCGGCGUCCCUCGUGGAUGCCCGUUAGGUUUAUCAGUGCUGAACUCGCCAAAUCGGCGAGCGGCUCUUUCCCACGCUACUCCUCCAACUCUUGCAAUCUCACUGCCUCUACGAAUUCCUACUGUCCAGGUUGCCACUUCUGCACAAGUACAAUCUACUGGCCGCAGCUUACCGGUUGUUGUACAAAGGUAUUUCGUCUCACUCGCAACCGACCCAUUCAGCCACCGACACUUUCCUGCCCAACCCAUGGCUGCCGUUUUCUCCGCCACCAGCACCAGCCAAACUCGAUCAUCCCAUCACCAUCAUCAUCAUCAUCAUGGCCACGCUCAAUCCAGCCACCAUGAUAACUCCUAUCUCACAUCCACAAACAAGAGUGACGCUGGUGUACAAAUAACCCGACUAGGACUAUUCUCUAAUCUCGGGAUGGCUAUUAUCAAGGCAGUUGGAGGCUAUACUUUUAACUCACAGGCACUUGUCGCCGACGCAUGGCAUAGUCUAACGGAUAUGGCAAGUGAUAUUCUUACGCUCGCCACGGUUUCUUGGAGCACCAAACCACCAAGCUCUACUUUUCCUACGGGUUAUGGAAAGGUGGAGAGCCUCGGUGCGCUAGGAGUGAGUGGUAUGCUUGUUAUCGGGGGUGGUUUCAUGUGUCUCAAUAGCUGCGAAAUACUCUAUGCGCACUUCUUACUCGACAACGUCGCUGAAGCUGCGGUCUAUGGUCAUCAUGGUCAUAUUCACGGCUCUCAUACUGGACCUAGUUUACAUGCGGCCUGGCUAGCUCUUGGAACUAUCUUCGUUAAAGAAUGGCUUUAUCAUGCUACCAUGAAGAUAGCUCGUCAGCGUAACUCUUCAGUCUUAGCUUCUAAUGCAAUCCAUCAUCGAAUUGAUUCUCUUACAGGAAUUGUCACACUCUUUGCGAUUCUUGGCGCAAACUUCUUGCGAGAAGCAACUUGGCUUGAUCCAGUCGGCGGUCUAUUAAUUUCUUUAUUAGUAAUCAAAGGUGGAUGGGGAAAUACAGUUAAGGCUAUUUACGAAUUGGCAGAUAGUGGACUUGAUGAUGAGAUAAAGACUUCCAUCAGUCUCAAAUUUGAGGAAAAAUUCGCAUCUGAUCCUGUCAAGUCCCAAGUUGAACUCCGAGGAAUUGAAGGCGUCAAAUCAGGUCCGAACUACUUAGUAGAUGUACAGCUAGCCGUACCCUCAACCUGGACUUUACGAGAAACUUCAGAAGUCGAAGGACGAGUGCGUGACAUCAUUGGAUCUAGUGUUCGUGGCAUAAGUCGUAUUAAAAUACGAUUUGUAGCGCGGGAUGUUGAUCCAAGCUCUCUCCUUGAUGAAUACGUAACUCAGGACUAUAGUCAAGAUCCCGAGGGGCUCAGACCUCACACUCACUCUGAACCUAUGGAGAGGCCACUUCAACAUAACACGAUUAACACUGACGAAAAAAAGAUAUUAUAA